ACACACACACACACACACACACACACACACACACACACACACACACACACACACACAAGAUAAAAGUUCAAAAGGCCCUCAGCUUGCUAGCUGGUAUGAUAGUUGAGGGCAAUCUUUUGAACUGCCAAAACCUCAUUUCAUCGUCACAGGUCGGCACCACCACCCCAUCUCCAUCCCACUUUUAUAAUUAAUAAAUCACCAUGAUGCUGGCUACUUCGUCUGCUUUGUUGCAACGAGAAGCUCUUACACGUACGCUGCUGUUAUCCCGAAGCCCGGCAGCAAGACGAUCAAACGUGAUCGUCACGGCUGCAAACUCUACUAGAAGUGUACGCUUUUCCUCCUCCGCCUUGCCAUCCACCACCAUGGGUGCUACUGCCAGCCGUCUUUUGGGUGCUGCCUUUAUGGGUCUUUCCGGUUGUUGGUGGAUAUCAUCGACACCUGUCCGAUUGGAGCCAGCGGGAAGUCCACAUACUCUGUUUGUGUGGGACUUUGAUUGGACUGUCAUUAAUUGCAACUCGGACGAGUACAUUCCAGCUCAAUUUCUCGGCGACCAAGAAAUGGAAAAGAGGCUUCGAGCUCUGUUUAAGGAAUGCAAAGACUGGCACGUUUGCGUCGAGACUCUCGUCAAUCAAGUCAUGGACGAACAACGCUUGACACAAAAACAAGUGUUGUCGGCUGCAGGGAAAAUGCCAUAUUUGACCGGUGUCCGGGCUGCCUUGGACAAAAUUCAUGACAAGCAUAAACGGACGGGACAAAUGAUCCUGUCGGAUGGCAAUACAAUCUUCAUUGGGGCUUUCCUCCAAGACAAUGGACUGACGGAUCACUUUACUCAUGGCAUCAUUACCAAUGCCGGUUUGUGGAUUGACAAGAGCGACGAUGGAGCUAGCAAAUCCUUGGACAAAAACAACAAUAGCAAACGACUACAAGUGAUUCACCAGAGCAAACAGUAUGGCGGACAUGACUGCGACGAAUGUCCAAACAACCUAUGCAAAACCCAGGCACUCUCGAAAGCUUUGGAGCAAUUCAGCAGUGGGCCAACUAUUGGUAGCAACAUUAUACCUACCGGUGCUACAACAAGCAGCAGCAGUAGUAGUAGACCAAGAAUUGUCUACGUUGGAGAUGGUAGCAAUGAUGCUUGUCCAGUGUUACAUGUCCUACGAGAAGGCGAUGUCAUGUUGGCGAGGGUUGGAAACAGAAGAAAGUUUGCAAAUGAACGGUCUGGCCCAGAAACAGAUCAUGAGGCAACAACGCCAGCAAAAGGUCAACCGCCAAAAGGACGCGGUGGUUCCUUUGGCGUUCUGCCAGCGCUUGUUCGUGCCAAGGAGGGAGACCCUCCCAUUGUCCCAAAAUGUCAAGUCUGGGAAUGGACCACUGGAGAUGAACUUAGCCAGUUUGUAGACAAGUUGUUGAGAGAUGUAAAGUAGAGUUUGUUUUGACAGAUGCUACUGUACCAUAGCAAGAAUACACAUACCUGUGGGAGGAAGGCAAGGGGCU